AUGCCAUUCGAUGUUCUCGCAACAUGGUGCCAGUUUGACGCGAAACAAGACGACAAGUCACGCAUUGUGAUUUUGCCGGCGUGGCGUGAUGUUGACCUGCUGCAUAUGCGCGAGUUCUGUAUGAAACGGCGCUCGCCUUUAGAGCGUGUGGCGAGAGACUGCUGUGCCGUGGGAAAUGAUCAAGCGUUUGAGUUGGUGUACAACUAUGGUAGGGGACAAACCAGGAGCCAAGUGGAUAGUUUGCGGCGUCACUACAUCACUGACUGCAACCAAAAAGUGAAAUAUCAUGACAGUCGAUGGUGGAAGGUAUCUGUGGAUUUCGGAUAUGUGCUGAGCCAGUUGAGGCGGAAAAUUGACACGGACAAGCAGCUAGAGGUUUACAAGUAUGCAAAAUCUGUUGGUGCCGGUUUCCAUUGGGUCGCGUACGAACAAUUGCUUCACAACGCAGUUCGUGGGGCAUCCGUAAAACGAAACCCGGUUGUGCUGAAAAUGCGGGAAGGGUCGAUAUACGAAUAA